AUGGUGGAGCUGGCGGCCAUACUCAGCCUAGCAGCUUACUCUGGAGACGAGGCGGCGGUGCGCCAGCUGCUGGCAAGAGGUGCCUGGCCGGAUCACACCACCACGGAGGGCUUGAACCCGCUGCACAUUGCAAGCUCCUGUGGCCAUGCGGGGUUAGUGAGGCUGCUGCUGGAGGCUUCGCCAGUCACGGCGGCAACGGCAGACUCUGAUGGGGGCACAGCACUUCACUAUGCCGCACAGGGCUCUAGGAACAGCCCAACUGCGGCAGUCGUGCGCCUGCUGCUGGAGGCUGCCCCAGCCGCAGCUUUGGCGCCGGAUGCCGUAGGCUUCACACCGCUUCACAGCACGGCCGACGCUGGAAACAUUGAAGUGAUGAAGAUGCUGCUGACGGCGGCACCCGCUGCGGCGACAAUGCUCAACACAAACAAGGAGGCCGCCAUCCAUCGCGCCACCUACCGCUGCAACCCAGCAGCCGUGCAGCUGCUGCUGGAGGCGGCGCCAGCGCUGGCUUUUGCGCCAGACGCGUGUGACGAAACGCCACUGCACCUGGCGCUGAGUGGGUACUGGAUCACAACAGAGGCCAGGGAGACGGCUCGCUGCCUGCUGGGGGCGGCGCCAGCGGUGCAGCCAGCUCUUGACAUCCUCCUACAGCACAGCCAGCGUUAUGCCACCCUCUUUGCCGACCUGGCGGCCCGCCUGCCGCUCAGCCAGGAUCAGUGGCGCUCAAUUCCUGCGCCCUGCCCCGACCUGGCUCGGGCGCUGCCAGCCGUCCUGGGGCGAUCUACGGCAGAGGCGGGGUGGCUGGUGGGGCGGCUGGCAGAGGGGCAGCGCAAGCGGCUGCGGGCAGCGGCGCUCGGCCUGGCACGGGCGCAGCGGGGUGUGCCGUCCCUUCCGGCAGAGCUGAGAGGGCGCAUCCUGGCGCUGUGCCUGCUGUAUUGA